CGAGAGGGACACCGGUCAGCCAUUGGUCUGUUUGAAAAACUCAGCUCCGGACCCCGCCCCCAGCAGCACUGAAACAAUGGAAGUACAGUCAGUAAAUGUUGCUUCAGUAAAACAUUAGCAUGAGCGAGGGAGACGUGUUCCAUGAGAAGCAACGACUGGAGCUGUGCGCCAUCCAUGCACUCAACAACGUGCUCCAGGAGCGGGUGUUCACCAAGGAGACAGCCGAUGACAUCUGCAAACGGCUGGCUCCACAGUGUGUGGUGAACCCUCAUCGGUCAGUGUUAGGCACAGGGAACUAUGAUGUCAACGUCAUCAUGGCAGCACUACAGAGCAGGGAACUGGCCGCAGUGUGGUGGGACAAACGCAGGACGGUACAGAGCCUUUGCGUGUCAAAGGUCCAGGGAUUUAUUCUUAACGUUCCAUCGCGAGUAUCGCUUGGGAUCGUUUCCCUCCCGCUCCGACGACGGCACUGGCUCGCAGUUCGGCAAGUCAAUGGGCAAUACUACAACCUCGACUCCAAACUGAAGAGUCCCAUCUGUAUUGGUGGAGAAGCAGAGCUAUGCUCAUUUCUCAGUGAACAGCUUUCUCAGGAUGUCGCAGAGAUGCUCCUGGUCGUCCUGCGGGAGGUGGAGGAGGACGGUUCAUGGCUGAACUCGGACAACCCCAAGUGAUGCUUUGGGACAGGACACAUGUUUUAUAUUUUAGCAUGGAAAAAAAAAACUCCUCUGGGAAAAGGACUGACUGUUUUUUCAAACAAACACCUCAUUUCAAAAACCUCUUCAGGGAAUGCACUAAAAUAAAUUUUAAUAUCUGCAAACAAACACACAGAGGGAGUUCCAAAGAGAAGCAGAGACGGGCGUUUACUCCUGAAAUGAAGAACUGUUUUGAUUGUAACAACUUUUGAAAAAAACGUGUAUUUGCACUCUCCUGCUCUUGGUACGUUUGUUUGAGAAGGUGCAUCUAAGCUAACAGUUCUGCAAGUUUGAAGCCUAUGAGGGCGUUUGAUGAUACUUGACAUGAGACAUACUGUGUUACUGGACUUUCACUGUUUUGUGGUAGAAAAAUUGCAGACAGUGUUUGUGCAUGAUAAUCUACAUUUGCAGUAAAGAUAACUGGACUUUAUUGGUGAAACAUUAAGUGAAAAAAAAUGUGGAUUUGCCAAGUAGGACAUCUCUGGACUGUUGUGAUCCAGAUGCCAAAAUUAGAAAAGUAUGUACAAGACUGUAAAGUGAAAACUUAUGUUAUCUCUUAGCCCCUGGGUGCACCAUCUCUUCCCACGACCUUCGUUGUAAACUUUCUAUGCACUACAGAGUUAGAUUUGUUAGCGCCAUUUGUCUUUGUGUGUGUGUUCAUACAGGCACAUGUUCUGUGGGGUCAACUGCUGAGACGUUGAAGGACCACACCAGUGUCUUAGCAUGUUCUCAACAAUUUAACACAAAUCAGUCACAUUUUCAGACUUUGUUCAUAACAGAAAAAAAUCUAUUAAACCCCAUCAGUUUAAUAGAUUUUUUUUCUGAUCUUCUAGGCACCCUUCGAUUUCCCUUAUAGUAAUUUAUUAUAUUUCUUACAUUUUGGUGAAAGCUUUGUUGCUGUAGUGUGUCAACAUCUCAAGAGUCCACACAGUAAUGAAGCUUUGACAAACAUGUAAGUAGACAUGACGUUGUUUGUGAAGGGUAAACUCAGGGCUGGGCAAUGUGGCCAAUAAUUAUAUCAACAUAGAAGUCUUCAUAUCAGUCAAUUUGAUAAAUGUCCCAUUAUUAUUUUCUUAGUUUAAAGUUAAAAGACAGAUUUUUGUUGCUGAGUAAAGGUUGUGUUUUUAAACUCUUUAUGAGCAGAGAAUGAAAAAAUACUUAAUAAACCACAAAACAUUUUACACACCCGAGGUCUAAGAAUUAUGUGUUAUACCUUCUCAUUGAGAUAAUGGAUGACUGGAUAUUUCACUUGUGUUAUAUUGCUAUUGAUGUAAAUCAUAUUCCAAUAAUUAUUUAUAUAGUUUUAUGGCCCAGCCCUAUAUUGGACCAAGGUUUCAGGUUUUUCAACCACAUGCCUUUAA